AUGAACUACGACUGUUCUAAAAGGUGCUCUAUCCCGCCACUAGAUGAGAUAGUGGCUCCCUCGAGAGAACCCACAAACUGUGGGCCCUAUUCCAAAGCGAACUUUGUCGCCUACUUGGCAGCGUCGCACUGCACGGAGAACUUGGAGUUCAUCGUGGAGCUCGACCGCUUCAUUGCCGCCGUCGGCGACUUGAGCAGAGCGAACUUGUCGGCCCCGGUAGACUCGCCGGCCCAGAGAAUCGCCGAGCAGGACCGCUUGCUCCACCAAUGGCGGGUGCUCUACCGAAUUUUCAUAGCCAAGGACUCCAUUAAGGAAGUCAACAUUCCAUGGACUCUCCGCUCCACCUUCCUGGAGGACAUCCUUCCGCUGCUUGCUGACCUCUCGCAUACUCGUGGUGUUGUGUACGAGCUUCUCUUAGACAAUUAUAACGAGUUCAUCUUGCACACUCGUGAAACCACUAAUGACUCUUGCACACUUCGGCGCCGCCUGGAGAUCGUUGCCCCAGAUCAGCAGCCUCCUGUGUUCAAUAAUUCUUCUUCCUUUGCCGACCACGACGUUGCUCCCUGCCCUCCUUUUACACCUUCCAGGGAGAAGUCCUGCAGUGCCGCAGGCUUGAAAGACCAAUGGGAAAAGGCCCUACUAGACUUUGAACUCGGCAAGACCGAGGAAUACGAGUGUACAAACCCAGACCCUAGCUCAGACUCGACUUCUAACUACGGCUCUUCUCGCAGCCGUAAUGGCUCCGACGGAACCGUGAGCUCUAUGCGCACCUCCUCACGGGGAUCCUCCAUUGGAUCAAUGGUAGAUAACAUCAAGGGCUACUCUAAUUUGAAGAAAGCAGUCCGCAAAUUCAAGCACCGCCGCUCGCUGGCUGAGGGCGUUGACGUCGUCCAAUGA